AUGGGUGUCUCAAAAACGGUUUCGAAGGUGCUUCAAUGCGGACUAUGGUGGCCAAAUCUCUUUAACAAUGUUUGGGAGUUUGUCAAGAGUUGUGACCAAUGCCAAAGGACCGGAAACAUUUCAAAGAGAAAUGAAAUUCCCCAACAACCCAUUUUAGAGUUGGAGAUUUUUGAUGUAUGGGGAAUAGACUUCAUGGGUCCUUUUCCUACUUCAUAUGGGAAUCAAUAUAUCCUUGUUGCUGUUGAUUAUGUGUCAAACUGGGUGGAAGCUAUUGCCUUACCUACAAAUGACCAUAAGGUAGCAAUGAAGAUGUUCAAGAAAAUAAUCUUUCCACAGUUUGGCAUCCCAAAGACGGUAGCAAGAAAUAGGAAGGAUUGGUCGGAUAAGCUAGAUGAUGCCUUGUGGGCAUAUAGAACGACUUUUAAAACUCCUAUUGGCACUAUUCUUUACCUCUUGGUUUAUGGGAAGUCUUGUCAUCUUCCGGUAGAACUUGAGCAUCGUACUCAUUGGGCUAUAAAGAAAAUCAAUUUCGAUUUGGCAAGUGCGGGUGAGCAACGUUGGCUUGAUCUCCAUGAGUUGGAAGAACUUCGAUUGGAUGCUUAUGAUUGUGCAAGCAUGUACAAAACUCGCACUAAGGAAGUGCAUGAUAAGUUAAUUGUGAAGAAGGAGUUCAAUGUUUGUGACAAGGUCCUCCUUUACAAUUAUAGGAUGAAAUUAUUUCCCGGGAAGCUAAAGUCUCGUUGGAAUGGUCCUUUUGUUGUUCAAGAGGUCUUUCCUAAUGGUGCGGUUGAAAUAUCUCCUUUGGAUUUUUCAAGAACUUUCAAAGUCAAUGGUCAUAGGCUCAAGCGCUACUAUGAUGGAGUUUUUGUGGGGGUUGUUCAUGAUAUGAAUCUCUUUGAUCCACCUUGA